AUGAAUCAAUCACCACAAUCAGCUAGCACCAAUACAGAUAAAACUGGUGCUGGUUCAACUGGUACUGCAGCUGCGAGUGGGAACUCAGACAAAGCACCUCAAACAACUGGAACUCAACAGGCCUCUGGAGGCGUCGGGGCUGUCGUCGCUGACGUCAAGCCAGGUCAAACAUCUCAAACAACUGGAACUCAAGGUAGCCAAGCUGCCGCUGGAGCUGCUGCAAAAUCAGAUCAGCUACCUCAAACAACUGGGACACAACAAACCUCUGGAGGCGUCGGGGCUGUCGUUGCCGGCGUCAAGCCAGGCCAAACACCUCAAACAACUGGAUCUCAAGAUAGUCAAGCUGCCGCUGGAGCUGCUGCAAAAUCAGACAAAGCACCUCAAACAACUGGAACUCAACAGACCUCUGGAGGCGUUGGAGCUGUCGUUGCUGGUGGAAAAUCAGACAAACCAGCUAAACAAACUGAAAGUGAUGAGAGAUCAGGUAACGUCGGAGCUGUCGUUGCUGGUGGAAAGUCGGACAAAGUACCGAAGACCACACACAGUGAAGAAAAAGUACAGAGUGUAGGAGCUGUUGUUGCUGGUGGAGACCAAAGCAAAGGUCGCAAACAAGGAGACAGUAGCGAGAAACCAGAUGGUGUUGGGGCUGUUGUUGCUGGUGUAAAACCAAGCAAAGCACCUAAGCAAGGAGACAGUGGUGAGAAACCAGAUGGUGUAGGAGCUGUUGUUGCUGGUGGAGACCAAAGCAAAGGACGAAAACAAGGAGAUAGUGGCGAGAAACCAGAUGGUGUUGGGGCUGUUGUUGCUGGUGGAAAACCAAGCAAAGGACCUAAGCAAGGUGACAGCGGUGAGAAAUUAGAUGGUGUAGGAGCUGUUGUUGCUGGUGGAGACCAAAGCAAAGGACGCAAACAAGGUGAAAGUGGCGUGAAACCAGAUGGUGUUGGAGCUGUUGUUGCUGGUGGAGACCAAAGUAAAGGGCGCAAACAAGGAGAAAGUGGCGUGAAAUCAGAUGGCUUUGCAGCUGUGGUUGCUGCUGGAAGACCAGAUAAAGGACUUAAACAAGGUCAAAAUGAAGAGAAUCCAUCCGGUGUUGGAGCUGUGGUUGCUGGUGGAAGACCAGAUAAAACACCUAAACAGCAUCAAAAUGAAGCGAAUCCAUCAGGCGUUGGAGCUGUAGUGGCUGGUGGAAGACCAGACAAAGGACCGAAACAAGGUGACAGAGAUGAUGUAUCAGGUGGUGUUGGAGCUGUGGUUGCGGCUGGAAGACCCAAUAAAGCACCUAAACAAGGUCAAAAUGAAGAGAAUGCAUCCGGUGUUGGAGCCGUGGUUGCUAGUGGAAGACCAGAUAAAACACCUAAACAACAUCAAAAUGAAGAGAAUCUAUCGGGCGUUGGUGCCGUUGUUGCGGGUAGAAGACCAGACAAGGGCCCUAAACAGCGUCAAGAUGACAAGAAUCUAUCGGGCGUUGGAGCUGUGGUUGCUGGUGGAAAUCCGUAUGAAGCACCUGAACAAGGUCAAAAUGGAGAGAAUCCACCCGUUGUCGGAGCUGUGGUUGCUGGAGGAAGACCAAAUAAAAGACCUAAACAGCAUCAAAAUGAAGAGAAUCUAUCUGAUGUUGGUGCCGUUGUUGCUGGCGGAAGACCAGAUAAAGCCUCUAAGCAAGAUGAAAAUGAGGAUAACCCAUCCGGUGUUGGAGCUGUAGUCGCUGGUGGUAAAAAAGAUAAAGCACCGAAAAGAAGCCAAGCCAAGGAAACACCAGCUCCCAUAGGUGCUGUGGUCGCUUCUACUGACACAGGCUUUGUGCCAGAAAUAAUUGAUGGUUUAUAUGCUGCACAGUCAGUGCCAAAAGAUGUCUCAUCAGUUAAUCCUAGUGUUGGAGAUGUUACACCAAACCAACCAUCUGUUGAUGUUCCCAAAGAAGUCGAAGCUGUUGUGGCUGGUGGCAAAGGAAGAAAGAGGAAGAGUAAAGUUAUAAGUGAAAAAUUGAGUGAAAUCAGCGGACAACCACAAGGUAAAAAAGUUAUAAAAUUACCAAGCACGAGUAAAAUGAUUCUCUUAGGUCGACGUUAUGAUGUUACUGAUCAAGAAUCUAAUAGAAUACGUGAUAUAACAAUUGAUUCAAUACCACAGGAUUAUCUGAAUACAGAUAUCGAUUCACGUUAUCUUGGUUUACUAUACUAUCUUCUUCGUGGACGUCAAUUUAGACAACCAUCAUUCACAAAGAAAUUGGAAUCAUCUGCUUGUGCACCACAAGAUGUUUAUGUUAAUUAUGUUUAUGAAUAUGAUAUACACAAUCAAGUAUUUAAUUCAUCGUUUCAAGAUCCUAAUUCAAUUGUUAUUCAAAGCCUCCAAUCAGAUAUUGCUCGUUAUACAGCUGAAGAACUUUAUAAACGAAACUUAGUUUCUUAUGUUACAGAUGAAGCACGUUUAAUAAGAGUAAUGGAUGUUAGCAAACAAUAUAAAGAUCGUGCUACACUUCGUUUUUAUGUUUCAAUCAAUGUGAGUAAAAAUUUAAUUCCAAUUAUUCAACAUGUUUUCGAAACGGUGUUUACCAAAGUACAAAACGAACGUUUUGCAACAUCAAAUAAAAAAAUUGACUGGGGAGAGAUGUUACUUAUUCCAAUAACAAAAUAA